UACAUAGAGAAUGACUUCUUUGCAAGGAGCUUCUUCCUCCUCUUCGUCCCCUUCAUCUCCUUCCACUAAUCUACGUCCUUACGAUGUAUUUUUGAGUUUUAGAGGGGAAGAUACCCGUACCAAUUUUACUGCUUAUCUAUUCAAAGCUUUGUGUCAAAAUGGAAUCAACACCUUCAAAGAUGAUGAGCAGCUUAAAAGCGGGGAGGAAAUUUCACCAACGCUUCUCAAUGCCAUUAAAGAGUCGAAGAUUUCAAUUAUUAUAUUUUCUAAAAGUUAUGCAUCAUCCAAAUGGUGCUUGAACGAGCUAACGAAGAUCCUUGAGUGUAAACAAAUGAAAGGACAGCGAGUUUUACCUGUGUUUUACAGGGUAGAUCCAUCGGACGUACGGAAUCAAACCAAAAGUUUUGGAGAAGCAUUUAAUGAACUUGAAGAAAAGUUCAAAGACGAUAAAAUAAAGGUGCAAACGUGGAAGACAGCCCUAACAAAAGUAGCCGAUUUGUCGGGAGAGGUUCUGGGGAACAGGAAUGAACCUGAACUUAUUGAUGACAUCAUUAAAUGGGUGAAUUCAAUAUUAGUAAAAAAUCCAUGCUUCCAAGUUGCCAUCUAUCCGGUUGGAAUAGAGUCCCGUGUAGAAGCUGUGAAGUCGCAUUUAGAUAUAGAGAAGAAUGACAUUACAUGCAUGGUAGGCAUCUUUGGAAUUGGUGGAAUCGGUAAAACAACUAUAGCAAAAGCCAUCUACAACUCGAUUGCUUCUCAAUUUGAAGGUGGCAGUUGUUUUCUUGAAAACAUUAGAGAUAAAGCCGACCAAAAGGAUGGUUUGGUUCGUUUGCAAGAUGAACUUCUUUCUAACAUCCUAGGAGAAUCAAUUUCAAUGGUUGAGAAUAUUGAUCAAAGAAUUACUUUGAUAAAACAGAGGCUUUGCAAUUUAAGGAUAUUUCUAGUUCUUGAUGAUGUGGAUCAGCCAAACCAAUUAGAAAAACUAGCUGGAAAAGGAGAUUGGUUUGGUUUAGGAAGUAGAAUCAUCAUAACAACAAGAGAUAAACAUUUACUUACAGUACAUGGAGUUGAUUCAACAUACCAAAUGAAUAAGUUGGAUGACAACGAAGAUCUUGAACUCUUUAGUUUUCAUGCCUCCAUCAAAGAUAAAUCUAAUGAUGAUUAUGUGGAAGUCACAAAAAAUGCACUACGUUAUGCCGGUGGAUUGCCACUAGCUUUAAUAGUGGUAGGCUCGGCUCUGAAAGGUAGAGAUAUACCUUAUUGGAAAAGUAAAUUGGAUGAGUACAAAAAAAUUCCUCCCAAUGAUAUUCAAAAAAAACUUCAAAUAAGUUAUGAUGGAUUGUGUCGUAAUGCACAGGAUAUUUUCCUUCAUAUCGCUUGUUUCUUCAAAGGAGAGAAUGUAAAAUAUGUCAAAAAAAUACUAGAUAGUUGUGGUUUUUACCCGGAUAGUGGCAUCAAAGAGCUAGAGGAUAAGUGUCUCAUAACUCAAUCUUGUGGAUCAUUGAUGAUACAUGGCUUGGUGCAAGAAAUGGGUAGAGAAAUUGUUCGACAAGUUUCACCCUACAAUCCUGGCAGGCGCACUAGAUUGUGGUUUCAUGAAGAGGUUCGUGAUGUCCUAGAAGAUAAUACGGGAACAAAUAGUGUUGAGGGCAUAUUGAUAGAUUUGCCUGGAGAAGACUUGACACACUUGAGUUCCAAUGCCUUCAUGGAGAUGAAACGCCUCAGAUUGUUUAUAAGCCAUAAUGCACGCUUAUCUGAAGAGCUUAAUUUUUCCUCUAAUCAAUUAAGAUUGCUUUAUUGGCCUGAAUAUCCUGGGGAGUCUUUGCCAUCCAAUUUUUGUGGGAGGAAGCUUGCUGUUUUAAGAAUGCCUAAAAGUCUCCUCAAGGGAUUAGAGGGAGUUGAGGUACAAUUAUUGUUUUGAAUAUUACUUUGUUUAAAUGUUUUUGUAAUCUUCAU